AUGGCGUCGACGCAUCCGCACAAAAUUGCUGGCUAUGCCGCGGAUGCCCUGCACAGUCUCACCCCUUCGCAGAUCAAGUUUCUGCAGGCAUUGCCCAAGGCAGAGCUGCACGCACAUCUGAACGGAUCGAUACCUCUGUCCACGCUGCAGAAGCUUGCUCACGACUAUCACUCAACAAACGCUCACGCUGCGUCUGAGAAGGACGUUGUUCGCGCAGGUAUUGAACGACUCCAGCGGGGAGUCGUCCUCAGCGAGAUCCACGAGUUCUUCGGGCUCUUUCCCGCCAUCUACGCCCUCACUUCGACUCCGGAUGCGCUCGAAAAAGCGACAAAUGCCGUGAUGCAUCACUUUCUAGGCGACUCGUUGGAUGAGUAUCCCCAGGCAGCGUACCUGGAGUUGCGGACGACCCCGCGAGAGACGCCAUCCAUGAGCCGCUUGCAGUAUCUCGAAACGGUGCUCAACCAGGUGGAGAAGUACCCUGAGCACAGAGCGGCACUGAUCGUGAGUCUCGAUCGGCGCAUGAGCAGCGAGGUCGCGGCGGAGUGUGUAGAUUGUGCCGUGAAGCUCAAGGCGCGCGGCAGGAGGGUCGUCGGCAUGGAUCUGUGCGGGGACGUCACAGCAGGAAAUGUGGCAGACUUUGAGCAGCACUUCCGCGCCGCAAAGGCCGCAGGGCUCGGCGUGACCCUCCAUAUCGCAGAGAUUGAAGACACACCCGCAGACGAGAUCCAUAAGUUGCUCUCCUUCAAGCCCGACCGCCUCGGACAUGCUACCUUCCUCGAUGACGCCUCCAAAGAGGCCGUCCGCAAGAGCAACGCGUGCAUCGAGAUCUGCCUGUCAUCCAACCUCCUCUGCAAGACCGUACACACGCUCGACAUCCACCACAUCCGAUACUACCUGCAGCACGACCACCCCAUCGCUAUUUGCACCGACGACAUUUUACCGUUCCGAAAUUCGCUUCUCGGCGAGUACGCGCUGCUCAUGGCUGCCCCGCCGCUCGGGCUCGGGCUGACAGAGGCGGAGAUCCACAAGGUGGCCCAGAUGGGGAUGGACUGUCGUUUUCCCAGUACUCGCAAGCCUACAUCAUAG